AUGCUUAGUGUUCGCACAGAGGAUUUCUUUAGCAAGGAGGCUGUCAGUCACGCCCGCCGCGUCUCGUGGGCGCCGCACACGACGGAAAAGAAGCUUGGCGCCUUCGCCAAACUGGCUCGCUCCAACUUCAACGAUCCACUGCCUGAGAGUUUUAGCAGUGAGCCAUACUUUGAGGAGGAGAUUGAGGCCUACCGUGCGCACCAUCGGCCCGAUGUGUACGUGUACAAGUAUAACAUCUCUCCCACCCACUUGUCUCUUCGCGAGUAG